GUGUGGUAUUCAAAUUUCAGAUGACGCCGAUACACAUCGUUUUCAUAUUAGCGAGCCUUUGCGUUCUGGCUUCGGCUACCAAGAAUCUAUGUACUUACAAAGGAAAAACCUAUCAGGACGGUCAAACUUUCAUAGACGUUUAUAGCGAGUGCAAAUGUGACGAUGGAAAAGUCACAUGUUCUCAACGCGUAUAUCCCAAGACCCCUUGCACAUACAAAGGAGAAAACUACCAGGAUGGUCAAACUUUCAAAGACGAUUGUAACGACUGCAAAUGUGACGAUGGAAAGGCCACGUGUUCUCAACGCGUUUGUCCCAGUCAUGAUUCGAAGAUUUACACAGUUGGGACCCGCCAUGCAGGGACUGAUGUGGUUGCAUUCUUUGCUACUCUAAGCAACAAAACCAUGAAUCGUGGUGUUGGCCAAAAUGUGAAGUUUGAUCGCAUCAUUACCAACGUCGGCUCGGCAUAUAAUGAGCACGUCGGAGCUUUCACUGCUCCGGUGUCCGGUGUGUACGUGUUCAUGUCAACACUUCUGUCUAACAAAGGAAAAAAUGCGGGUUUCGAACUUGUCCGCAAUGGAAAUUUUAUUUGUAAAAUGUAUGCUAGCGGAGUCGGUGCAUAUGGUGGCGGAAAUUACGAUACCAGCGCCGGCAGCUUUGUUUUGUGUCUCAACAAAGGCGAUGUUAUUGCCGUACACAAUCUGGACCCUGGGGAGAACCUCUAUGGUAACAAUAUUUCGUACUUCUCCUGGUUUCUUCUCAAAGAGUGGGAGCAAGAUCUAUCUAUUGUUGGCUAAAUAUCGUGUAUUUUCACACUGUCUCAACUAGCCUU